AUGGCCAACACGAAAUUCGAGUACGUGAAAACGUUCGAGGCCGCCACAGACGCGCCGCUGCUUCCAGGCUGCUGGAUCGUGGUCAGGAUCGACGGGCGCGGCUUCACGAAGUUCUGCGAGAAGCACGACUUCGAGAAGCCCAGCGACCACAGGGCGCUCGGACUGAUGAACGACGCGGCGUGCGCCGUCAUGGAGGAGUUUGGGGACAUUCGGCUCGCGUACGGCGAGAGCGACGAGUACAGCUUCGUCCUCCACAAGGACACCAAACUGUACGGGCGCCGCGCGUCGAAGAUCACGUCGCUCGUGGUGUCCUGCUUCGCGUCCGCGUUCGUCAUGGGGUGGCCGGCGAGGUUCCCGGGCGUUCAGCUGGCCGCGACGCCCAUGUUUGACGCGCGGGCGGUGUUGUACCCGUCUGACACAGCUCUCAGGGACUACCUCGCCUGGCGUCAGGCUGACACGCACAUCAACACGCAGUACAACACGGUGUUUUGGGCCCUCGUACGCGACGGCGCGACGAAGGAGGAGGCGCAGGCCGCGCUCAAGGGGACGGUGACGGCGCAGAAGAACGAGAUCCUGUUCUCGCGCUUUGGCAUCAACUACAACGAGUUGCCGGAGAUCGAACGCAAGGGCACCGUGAUCGUCCGCGUGCGCGAGCCCGUAGUGGUCAAGAUGCACCCGCAGACAGGCGAGCCAGUCGUGCGCGAGCGCGCCCGGCUGGUGCCGCGACACGACGACAUCAUCGGCGACGCGUUCUGGCAAGAGCACCCGCACGUCCUCGCGCCCUGA